GGCUAUGCGGCUCAGCUCCUCAGCAUCCUCUGGUUCAGGGCGGAUGGCCACCCACCUGGCUGCUCCCUCCUGGUACUCCACAUCCUACAGUUGGGGCUCUGGAAGCGGUACUGGGAUGUUUUGAGGAUGGCGACGAAGACGGGUGGCGGUGCCCAUGCCGGGGAGGUGCUGAUGCAGCAUGGGGACGUAGAUACAGUCCUCCAACAUGGUCAAGUGUCCUUCAGAGAGCCUGACUGCCCCUGUCCCCAUGCAGGUGUCAGCGCAGGACUGUCUCUGCUGUCCCUCGCCUGGGCUUUGGUUUCCUACAACCGCUUCGCCUGCCUGCUGAAACCCGGUCACCUCUGCCCACCGGCCACGGCCAUCCUCUGCCUGCUGCUCUGGAGGAUGGGGAUGCUGGGGACCAGGGUCCUGGCCCUGGUGCUCUUUGCCAGGCUGUAUUCCUUCUGGGUUUUUGCUGUGGCAGGCAUCCACUGGCUGCUCAUGUCCUUCUGGCUGGUAGCCCAGCAGACGGAUAUCGUGGCCCAGCCCUGCUGCUGGAGGCUGUUCAAUUGCCUGGUGGGAGCCGUGUACAUCUUCUGCUACGUUAAUGUCCAGCCUGGUCCCUCCAAGCACAGAGUGGCCGUGUUUUAUGCAAUAAUUCUGAUGGAAAAUGCCCUCCUGCUGCUGCUGGCUACCCAGAACAGCCUGUGCGUGACCGGGGCCAUCAUGUCAGGGUCUGUAAUAGGUGCUGUAGCUCUGAUGGUUUAUUACAGCCUGCUCCAUCCCAAGUCCACUGAGAUUUGGCAGGGCUUCCUGGAGACAACCUGCCGUGCUGCAGCUGCCAGGGAUGACAAGGUUACUGGAGACGGCUCCCGAGCGGGACAGAAUUUGGGAAUUUCAGGAGACAGAGAGUCCUUGCCAGGAGAUGAGACGGCAGGAGAUGAGACCACAGGAGAUCCCAAAAAUGGGAACAGCUCAUCGCUCCUGCAAUCUGGAGGACGUUCGGAAGACAGCUGGACAAACCAUCACCACUGGCUGCUGGUAAAGCUGGCCUUGAAGACAGGAGAUAUGUCCGUGAUCAACGCAGCUUUUGGAGAUGGUGGUAUGGGAGAGGUUUACCCUAGAGGAUGGGUGAUGGGGAAACCCGCUGGUGUUGAGCCUGGGGCAAUCCUUUCCCUCCCCACAAAGGAAAUGGGUCCUCAGGGUGUUGAAUCUGAUCUGACUGAUGAGAAAUUGCAGGCGGUGGGGAACGGAGGAGGUGGCAAGCCCAGCGCCGGUGCUACAGGAAUGGCACAGGAGGACGGAGUGGGGCAGGAGCCUGGUUUUCACCCAGCCGUAUCCUUUCCCAGCACCUUCUCCCCGGAUCCAGCCAAGGGCUCCUCUAUAUAUUUCAGCGCGAGCGCAGGAGGCAUCACCUUUCCCAGCGUGGGGACAACCACAGCUACCUGCGUGGCCCUAGUGCAAAGGGACAGCGAAGUCCAGUCUCCUCCGGGCUGCCUGGGAGUAGAAGGAUGGGAUUUAUCCCUUGGGAUGGCAAACAUCAGCCCAAUCCUGGGCACUUGUGCCCACAAGCACCUGCGGAGCAGCUCUUCCCAUGGCAGCACAGGCGGCUGCGGGGUGGUGAGUCCCCUCAAAGAGGGCUCGGAGCCCCUGGGGCUGGAGGGUGCCCUCAUGGGGUGGCAUCACCUCCGGGACACCCACCCUUGUGGAACACAAGACACUGUUGUGGGGAGCAAGCUGAGGCCACCAUGCUUCACCUCCACCCCCAAGGCUGACUCUAAAUGCCCGCAGUGA